AUGCUGCGCGGCGGGGCGCCCCUGGCUGCGCUGCUGCUGGCGCUGCUCAGCCUGCCCCGCGGGGACCCCCGGCCCCCCGAGCCUCCGCCGGUCUCCGGGUGCGGGAUGGAGGCACGGGGCCGCCGGGCCGCCCCUCCGCAUCACCCCUACGGGCUGUACCCGCAGCGUCCCGGCGCGCACGGGGCGCUCGGCGCUGCCGCCCCGCCGAGCUCCGAGCGGCCGCGGAGCCGGAGACCUCGGGGCGCCGGGGGAGGCGGCGAGGAGCCGGGGGGAGAGGCGGACGGCCAGGGCCGGAGGGAGAGGCUGCGGGGCCGGGGGCCGCAGGUGCCGAGCCCCCCCCGGCAGCGGCCGCUGCCCGCCCUGUACUUCUCGGGCGGCCGGGAGCAGCUGGCGGCGCGGCCGGAGGCGCUGCCCGACAUCCCGCGGGAGGAGUUCACCCUGGAGGUGUGGGUGAAGGCGGAGGGCGGACAGAGCAACCCGGCCAUCAUCGCAGGUGUCUUUGACAACUGCUCGCACACGGCCAGCGAUAAGGGCUGGGCACUGGGCAUCCGCGCCUUGCAGCUCGGUGGCAAGAAGGAUGCCCGUUUCUUCUUCUCCCUCCGCACGGACCGGGCAGCCACCGCCACUGAGGUGACCGCCUACCACCGCUACCGCCCCGAGGCAUGGACCCACCUGGCUGCCAGCUACGACGGGCGGUGGAUGGCCCUCUACGUGGACGGGGCACGGGUGGGCCGUGCUGGCGCACAGCGGGGACCCCUGCACAGCACCUUCAUGGCCUCCUGCCGCACGCUGCUGCUGGGGGGGGACGCCUGGGGGACCGCGCAUGCUUUCCGGGGACACCUGGCUGGGCUGGCCCUGUGGCAAGGCGCCCUGUCCCAGCCCCAUCUCCAGCGUCCCUUCCUAGAGGGGGCAGCCGGGGGGGCGGCAGGGCUGGCUCUGGCCACUGGCUUCGCCACCCUGGAGGAGCUCUGGAUGCCUUUUCGGGAGGGUGCCUUCCCCCAGCAGCGGGUGCUGCCAUCCCUGCUGUCCCCUGUCCUACAGCCACUGGGCCCCCCUGCCUGCGGGCAGACUGCCUGUGAUAAUGUGGAGCUGGUCUCCCACUACAACCAGCACUGGCCGCUGCGGAGCGGGAAGGUGGUGCGGUACCGGGUGGUGAACCUGGCGGAGGAUGAUGGUGGGCGGCCAACGGUCAGCCAGGAGCAGGUUUGGUGGCAACAUCAGGCACUGAGUGAAGCUUUCCGACCCUACAACAUCUCCUGGCAGCUCAGCUUGCUGGAGGUACGCAACUCCUCCCUGCGCCGCCGUGCCAUCCUCCUGGGCUGCGAGCCCAGCAAGGUGGGCAACGAGCGCUGUGACCCCGAGUGCGAGCAUCCCUUGACUGGCUACGAUGGCGGGGACUGCCGCCGGCCUGGCCGCUGCUUCUCCUGGAAGCGCCGCGAUGGCGUCUGCCACAUGGAGUGCAACAACAUGUUGGACGACUUCGAUGAUGGUGACUGCUGCGACCCACGGGCCACCGACGUGGCCAGAACCUGCUUCGACCCUGACUCACCUCAGCGGGCGUACAUGAGCGUGAAGGAGCUGAAGGAGGCACUGCAGCUGAACAGCACCCACUUCCUCAACAUUUACUUUGCCAGUUCGGUGAGGGAAGAGUUGGCUGGUGCUGCCACUUGGCCGUGGGAUAAAGAGGCCCUUAGUCACCUGGGUGGAGUUGUUCUCAACCCUGCUUAUUAUGGUAUGCACGGCCACACAAACACCAUGAUCCACGAAGUGGGACAUGUUCUGGGGCUGUACCAUGUCUUUAAGGGAGUGAGCGAGCGGGAAUCUUGUGACGAUCCCUGCAGGGAGACAACUCCAUCUAUGGAGACAGGAGAUCUCUGUGCUGACACUGCCCCCACCCCGAAGAGUAAACUCUGUCGGGAUCCAGACCCCACCAACGACACCUGUGGCCAGACACAUUUCACAGGAACACCCUUCAACAACUACAUGAGUUACACAGAUGAUGACUGCACCAACACCUUCACCCCUAACCAAGUGGCCCGGAUGCAUUGCUACCUGGACCUGGUGUACCAGCGCUGGGGCCAGAGCAAGAAGCCCGCGCCCAUCCCGAUCCCUCCCAUGGUCACGGGGCAGACACAGGACUCCCUCAGCAUCUACUGGCUGCCUCCCAUCAGCGGUGUCAUCCACGAGAGGGAGCAGGACACGCUCUGUGAUGACUGUGCGGAGGAUGGCACCUUCCGUCAGUAUGUGCACGAGGCCUCUUCCCCUCGGGUCUGUGAUUCCUCUGGCUACUGGACCCCAGAAGAAGCAGAAGGCCCCCCUGAUGUGGAUCAGCCCUGUGAGCCCAGCCUGCAGGCCUGGAGUCCAGAGCUCCACUUGUACCACAUGAACAUGACUGUGCCGUGCCCUCAGCCGGAUGGCUGCAUCCUGGAGCUGCGCUUCCUGCACCCCGUCUACCCCCAUUCCCUCACCCUCUGGACCACGUACCUCUCCACGGGCUCUCCCAAGGCGCUGUCUGACAUUGAAGUCCUGAUGGAGCAGGGGGAGUCCAUCCACCUGGGCCCCUUGGACACCUUCUGUGAUGUCCCCUUUACCGUGAAGCUCAACAUCCCCAAAAAGAUGUACGGAGUCAAAAUCUACACCUUUGACGAGAGGAUGGAAAUAGACACGGCUUUGCUGACCUCCAUGCCCCACAGCUCUCACUGUUCCGCCUGCAAGCUGAUCCAGUACAGAGUCCUCCGCGACCCCCCAUUUGCAAGCGGGUCCCCUGCCACCCCAGCACAGGCGCACCGCCAGUUCAUUGACACGGAAGUCACACCCGGGCAGGUGUACCGCUACCAGGUACAGGCAGUCUCUGGGACGAUUUCAGGAGAAGCCUCCCCACCGCUCAUCCAUGUCCAUGGAGCACCCUACUGUGGGGAUGGCAAGGUGACCACGAGCCUGGAGGAGGAAUGCGAUGAUGGGGACUUGCUGGAUGGAGAUGGCUGUUCCAGGAAGUGUAAAAAGGAAAAAGGGUUCAACUGUGUUGGGGAACCAAGCCUGUGCUACGUGCAUGAUGGGGACGGGGUGUGUGAGCAGUUUGAGAAGACAAGCAGUGUCCUGGACUGUGGUCCCUACACGCCUGAUGGAUAUGUGGAUCUGUGGGCAGUCAAAGCCUAUGCUUCCCAUCAGGAUGUGAAGUCCUGCCCUGCUUCCUUGGUCACUGGAGAGCCUGUUGUGAAGAUAUGUAAAUCCCACCUUCACGAUGUGCCAAAGGACCUUUCCCUGGCUGCUUGGUUCCCCUGCAGUCCCAGCCAAGACAACGCUCAGGAUCCAGAUGAGGAGAGGAUGCCCAUGGGUGAUGGAGGAGUUUGGCUCAAGGUGUGCUUUGAGAGACCUGCGGUGCCCACCUCCCUCCUGGUCUUCCUGGCCUCUGACGGCACCAUCCCAAGCAACCAACACAAGCCGAGGGUCACUGUCCAGCUGAGCGAUGUAGAUGGGCUGAACCACUCUUUGGGGACAUAUGACCUGUCAUGCCAGCACAACCCCCUUGUCAUCAAUGUGACUCGUGGACAGGAGGACCCUUCUCACCAGGCUGCUUCAGUGCUGCUCAACUUCUCCUCCCCACUCGUGGGCAUCGCAGCCGUGGCCUUGCGGACCUCAGCUCAGCCUGGCUCCUCUGAGCCCACCACCUGUCUCCUGCAACACGAAGAGGGACAUGGUGAUCAGUGCUGCAGCUGUGUCCACGGUGCCUGUGCAGGAUCGGGAAGCUGCACACGGCCGCUGCUUGCUCACGCUGCCACCCUCAACUGUACCUCCAACAGCCCACGGCACAUGGCGUGCACUGUCACCUGCGAAAAGGGCUUCAUCCUACGCUCUGGCAAUGGGAAGAGCCUGGGCUCAACGCGGCAGGAGGUGGUGCUGACAUGCAACUCGGGACAGUGGGACAGAUCUGUGACUUGUGACCCUGUCGACUGCAGUGUCCCUGACCAGUCCCACGUGUACUACGCUGAGUUCUCCUGCCCCAAGGGGACCACCUACCUGCAGAGAUGCUCAUUCUCCUGCAUCCACCCAGCCAAGCUUCAAGGAACAAACCAGUGGCUGACCUGCUUGGAGGAUGGUCUCUGGUCGCUCCCCGAAGCCUACUGCAAGCUGGAGUGUGAUGCACCCCCUGCUGUGGCCAAUGCCAAGCUCCUGGUCCCGCGGUGCCUGCAAGGGAACCACGAUGUGGGCUCGGUCUGUCGCUACAAGUGCAAGCCUGGAUACCACGUGGCCGAGAACGCAGCAGGCAAACCUAAGAAGAAGUUUCUGAAGGUCCAGUGCCUGGAGAGUGGGCAGUGGGAAGAGGGACGCUGUGUCCCUGUGGUGUGCGAGCCACCCCCUCCCGUCUUUGAGGGCAUGUACAACUGCACUCGGGGCUUCGAGCUGGACAGCCAGUGUGUCCUCAACUGCGAGCCGCAGGGACAACAGGUUCCUAUCAUCUGCACCAAGGAGGGCUUAUGGACAGAGGAGUUCAAACUGUGUGAGAGCUUACGAGGCACUUGCCCACCGCCCCCAGAGCUGAAUUUCGUGGAGUACAAGUGCGAGCAGGGGCACAGCAUAGGUGCUGUGUGCAUACCUUCCUGUAUCAUACCUCCCAGCGACCCCGUCAUACUGCCCGAAAACGUAACUGCUGAGACUAUGGAUCACCGUCUGCAGCCCACCAGAGUCCAGCAUAUCGUCUGCACGGGCCGGUUGCGGUGGUAUCCAGACCCCUCUGUCAUUCACUGCAUCCAGUCGUGCGAGCCCUUCCAAGCAGACGGCUGGUGUGACACCAUCAACAACCGGGCAUACUGCCAGUAUGACGGGGGUGACUGCUGCUCCUCCACACUGUCCUCCAGGAAGGUGAUCCCGUUUGCUGCUGACUGUGACCAGGACGAAUGCACGUGCCGUGACCCGGCUGCCGAGGAGAACCAGUAGCAGCACCACGAAGGGCCUCUCUCGGUCAGGCGAGUGCCGGAGGAGCGAAGGGGCAGCAACGGGGGCUGCUGGGGAACGGCGGGGUGCAAGGGGGCAGCAGGCGUAAGGAAGAGCAGGGCAGGGGGUUGGUGACUGCACACAAAGGGGCCGAGGUGAGGCCACCGAGCAGCCAGCGUGCUGUGGCAUGAGAGGGCAGGCACAUGGCGGUCCCCUCCCCAUCGCUGCUCCCUCCCAAACCCAACCGGGACACAGGGGUCCGAUGCGCAUUUGAGGGGCUCAGCCAGCGAUGCAGCACUGCCUCAGCUGUGGGCUGGGAGCCCUGGUGCUGCCAUGGACAUCUGUCCUGGUCUGGUGUCUGGGUGUCUGUCUUUGCUCUGGAUUUGGUCAUUAUUCACCCCCCUUCUGCUGUACAGGCUUCUUUUAGCAAGGUCGAGGUAGUUGUGAUCUCUCUGCAAAUAUUUAAACUUAAUUAUAUAUAUAUACACAUAUAUAUAAUAUAUAUAUAAAUAUAUAUUAUAUUUUCUUUGCUUUUGAUGAAGCUGAGAAAGGAUAUCCUUUGUCACACACUCAUGCUGCUGUGAAGUACAAACCAUUGGGAAAAGUGCAGGUCGGGGAGGAGGAGCAGGGAAUUCCCCCUUCCUUGCUGAGAGGGAGCUGGAAGGAGGACAGAGAGAGAAGCCAAACACCCAGGCUGCGCCAGGAGAGAGCUCCGCAGGAAGGCGGAAUGGAGGCUGUGACCUCAGGGUGCUCUUGGCAUCUUGCAGGCACCAAGUUUUUGCCCUUGGGAUUUGCCGAUGCUUUGCCUUGCUCUGCUUAGGGUCCUGGGUCAGGAUUUUGAGGCUGAGGAGAAACGCUGAUGUUGCCCUUACAUCGCCCCGGUGAGCACGGCAGAUUCAGUGAGCGCUGCUGGGCACCACAGAUGCCCAUCACCUAUUAUUUCAGAGCCCUCUGGGAAGGGUUAUGUGUCCAUGGGGAUGUCUGCAUGGCCAGUAGGAGCAGAUACGCAAUGAUCCCUCUCUGCCUCACGCCCCCUGGCCCACCGUGUAUCCAACUAGGUGAGGGAUAUAGUGGGCAAUGAAGAGUAGCUGUGUGAUGCUCUGAAUGAAGGAUGAUGAGGUGGUCCUUCUUUUCUUUCCCCAUGUGUCCUUUCCAAACAUGAGCUUCAACAGUGUUUUCAGCAGUUCUCAGCAGAGACCAGACCCUGUAACGCAAGGAAAGACAGGACCCGAACAACCUGUCAGGAGACUUUGAGCAUCAUCUUUUCCCAUUAAGAUUUUCCUUAUUACAAUCUACAGUGGACAUACAGUUGCUGACUUUCACGAAUCUCUUGCUCACGUAGGCAUGAAGUGAAAAUUUACUUCUAGCCCCAAAGAAGCUCAGCUAGAAGCUUUGGCCCCCAUAGUUAAUUCCCAGAAGUUCAGUUUGGCAGCCUGAACCCAGCCCCACAGAGGCAACGGUUAGCGAAGGUGCCCGGCUCCAGCUGGGAUUAUGGCUGAUGGUUUUGAGCUGCUAAGAAGCAGAAAGAGGAAAACAGAGAAGGGGCCACCGAGCAGGAGCAGGGACCGCGGUGUCCCCGGGGGCAGCUGCAGGAUGGGACCAAGAGCCCCAGGGAUGCCCGGCUGCCUCCUCCCGCCCGGGCUGUGCCGGGCUCCCCGCCAGGGUUUGGCCGGUGCAGGAGUGAUGGAGAGAGGGUGACACGGUGUGGAGAGACCGGGGAUUUUCAAGGCAUCCUCUGGCUUCUGCUAGCUCCCCCGCCAGCCCUUUUGUCAGGCAGCUCCCGAAGUUAUGUUUCGCUGUAGGACAUGAGUAGGGACAUCUCUGUGCCUGGAUACACCACCAGCAUCCAGGCAGGAGAUGCCUUGUCCUUCUCCAAGACUUUUCCUCAUCCCAAGUGUCCCUAUCGCCCCAUGGCAUGCCACCUCCUGCCUGCCCUGGUCUAGGUAGGGAUGCGGAGGGUGUGUGGCAAUGGGCCCCAUCUCCUCUUGCAGCAGGGACACGUGGACAUUUCUGUUCCUGUCACGUCCAAGUGACAACACCCCGGGGUUUUCACCUAAACACACUGUCAGUUUGGCUGACAGCUGUAAUUUUUUGACAGACGUUCACUUUUCAAUCAAAAAAACACGCUCAAACAACCCAAGGAAAUGAAAAAAAACCCCCAAAUCCAAAGCUCUUUGUGAGAUACUCUUCUAGCCCCGAUGUCCCCAGGAGGUGCAGCCCAUCCUGCUCCAGGAGUGCAGGGAAGGGGACAGCCAGGGGUCCCGGCACAGUGGGAGCAGGGGGCAUGGCAGCCCCCAGCAGGGUGAGGUGAUGGGGACGUGGGAUGAGGGUGAGACACAGAGGGAAAAAUCUGUCCCAGCACCUGCCAUGCCAAACCCUUCCGUGCCUGGUGUCAGCAUUUCCUGGAUGAAUGUGUAUUUAUAUGCCAAAUUUUUACCCUUUUGGCAUGAAAAUCCUGGUCUCAGCAAUGGCUCGUCCCUGUUUAUGAGUGGGUGCAGGAAAGGGACUGUGGCCCAUGGACAGGGGGACUGGGGGUGGCCAGAGGCGCUGGCUUGGCUGGUAGACAUUUGUGCUUCUCCUGAACAGAUAGCUUCUACAUACUGAAAUAUUGUUCUUCUAUAGCGACACUGAGCGGUUUUUGUCCCCAUUAGGGUUUUAUUCACAACGGAGGCUGCUGCUAUUUUUAUUUUUUUGUAUUUGAUAAUUAUUUUUUAUAAAAAUCUAUGAAAAAUAAAUAAUCUUCUCAUCCUCAAUGUCUUUUGCUUCCUUGCUUCACCCAAAGUGUGGCCGGACUGGGGGAGGGAGAUGGUUCUGCUGGUCCCAGCACCCUUGGUCCUGCAUGCCCUCCCCUGCCCCAAACUGCAGACCCUCCCAGCACUGUCCCAGCCCAGUGGGAGAGCUCCUUUGGGGUUAGAGCUGGGACACACACACGCCCCUCCAAUGCCCUCCCUCUUCAAGGUUGCCACCCAUGUAGCUUUUACUAUGCCACCAGCUGCAAGGAUACUUUUGCAGAUGGUCUUCUGCUGGUUAUGCCACAAACUGGUCCAUUAUCCACCACUUUCUGUUAAUUAACUCACCUUAAAGGUAGGGAACGUGUGUGUGUACUCACACACCACCUCCCUGGGGACAGGGAGCAGAGGGCGGCUCACACUAGAGCUAGAGAGACAUGU